CCAGCCACAUCUCUUUUCUCUCUCUGUCUUAUCUCCCCCUAUCUCUCUGUCAUCUCUCUCCCCCACGAGCUCUCCUCUUCGUUGGCUCCUGUGCAGGCAGGCAGCAGCGCGCACGCCGCCUCUUCCCCGUGCGGCCGAGCUCCGGCGACCUGCGCGGCUCCUCCCCUCUCUCCAACAGCAGCAGCAGCCGGGUGGAGGCGGGCCCUGCUCGACGGGGGGCAGGAGCUCUCUCCCCUCUGCUCUCUCUCUCCUCGACGGCCGGCGGCGCGAGGCAGCAGCGGUGGCGGGGCUGCAGCGGCGGCGUGGCAGCAGCAGCAGCGAGGAGGAGAGGCGGCGGCCUGUAGCAGCGAGGGGCAGCAGCGCGAGAGCAGCGGCGGCGAGGCAGCGGUGCGGCAGCAGCAGCGAGGAGGAGAGGCGACGGCGAGGCAUGAAGCAGCAGCAGCGCGAGAGCAGCGGCGAGGAGCAGCAGCACCGGCGACACGAGGGGUAACGGCGGUGGCCUACAGCAGCGAGGGGUAGCAGCGCGAGAGCAGCGGCGGCGAGGAGGAGCAGCGGCAACCUGCAGCAGCACCGGCGGUGUUACUUUUUAUUUUUUUUAAUUACGGUUUUUUUUCUUUGCCGAAGGCUGGUCGCCGGCAAAGCCAUCAUGUGCCGUUUCGUCCCGUUAGCUACUUUUCUUUGCCGAAAGCCGCAAAAGGCCUCCGGCAAAGGCUUUACCGAAGGGUCCGUAAAAAAGCCACCGGCAAAGAAGCCUUUGCCCUACGUGCCGACGCCCUUUGCCGGCGGCCCCGAGGAAAAGCCACCGGCAAAGGCUUUUGCCGAAGGCUUCGGGCCGUCGGCAAUGUAGGAUUCUCCUGUAGUGUUAUCAUCUUGCGUUUGAGCUGCAAAGAGAUCGGGGUGGAAGAGCUUCCACCAGUGCCUACCCGAAUGGCGAAGAUCCAUGCUGGAGGAAGAUUUGGGCGUGUCAUGCGCCGUCGAAAGUCAAAGUGUUUGCAUGGAAUGGCUACUGAAGAGAACAAGCUUUGGCAAGGUAUGGAGGUCACUCGUAUUUGCAAUGUCUGCGGCCGGUUUGGAGGUGGAAGACCUGGUGCAUGCGCUGUACCUUUGCCCUCAUGCCCGGGAACUCUGGGAGGCUAUGAGGCAGGUUUGGCGACUGCCUGAUGAUACAUCGGUUCAUUAACCACGGCCCUGCUGGGUGCGUUCGUGCAUAGCUGGCCUGCAGGUGGAGGAGUGUUCGUUCUUCCUAAUGUUGUUGUGGCGGGUGUGGUUUGCUCGCAAUGAGGUGACGCACGCGAAGCCGCUUCCUUCGGUUGAGGGCUCUUUGAGGUUUCUCUCGGGCUAUAUGUCUACACUUUUGGACCUCGAGAUUGAUCCGCUUAUAGACCCGGUGAAAGGGAAACAGAUGGUCCAGGACUUCAAGUCUAUGGCGGCCAAGCCUGCCAAACCACUGUUGUCCUGAAACGCUGGGAGAAGCCUCCACCUGGAUGGGUUAAGUUGAACACUGACAGCUCCUUCCAUGCUCCUUCGUCGCAGCUGGGGCAGGGGUAUGCUCCUUAGGGACGAGGCGGGGCAGAUUAUCCUCUCUGCGUGCCGUGUGCUCGCCCACUGUUCGGGCCCGGAGGAAGCAGAAUUAUGUGAUUGCAUGGAAGGGCUUGCCCUUGCUUGCGAGUAUAGCGAUUCCCUGGUGAUGGUGGAGACGGAUUGUGUGGCAGUCAUCCGUGCUGGGUCUGGGGCAGGGUAAGACCGCUCUCAGUUUGCUUGGUGAAUGAGAUUAUAACUUUGUGUCUACAUAGAGAAGUUGUUUUUGUAAAGGGGGAUAGAGGUCAAAACCACACGAGUCAUGCCCUCGCUAACCUGGCUACAGUGGAGCAGCAUACGAUUUUGUUGUUGGGUUCUGGUCCACCGCCUGUGGUGGAGCUAGUUCUCCGAGACUUGUCUUGUAAUACCUAAGUUUUAAUACGGACUACAUCCUUUUUACCGGAAAAAAAAAAGAUGAACAUAUAUCAGGCCUGGAAAUCCUCGGGUGCCUGCUCGCUAGAAUACAUGGACAAAAUCCUGCACACCCAUGCUCUAUGGACGUACCAUUACCAUCUUGAAGCUAGCCAAGCUGGUAGUUGUGCCCUAGACACUUGACACGGCAAUAUACUCUCCUAACAAACCUGAGUAACUAAAGCCAAAAUCCCAAAUCCGUCUGACGACAAACGAACCCAACUCCAAACAUCCCUUCCGGUUCUGCUCCAACUAACUGACCAAACUGAUUUCGGGCGCCAGCUGCCCAGCUCUUGAUCUCAUACCCCCCCCGCCCCCCCUCCUCUCGCGCGCGCGUCCACCGGACACGACCAUCGAGCCUGCAGGCGCGCAUCGACCUGGGCAGCACCAUGGCGGCCUCCGCCGUCCACCCUCCGCCGCCGCCGCCGCCCACCGUCGCCGUGGCAGUCCGUCCCGGCGGCAGCGCGAGCCGCCGCGCCGCGCGCUGGGCCGCCGCCGGCAUCCUCCAAGCCGUCGACGGCGCCGCCGUCUCCAUCGCCUUCGUCCACGUCAUCCCCCCGCUCUCCUUCGUCCCUUCCCCAAGCGGGGAGCGGGUGCCCGUGGCAAGGGUAGGCCGCGAGGCGGCGGAGGCCUUCUCCCGCGACCGCCACGCGCGAGCCCAGGAGGCCAUGCUCCCCUUCCGCCGCCUCUCCGACCGCCGCGCCAACAUCACCGUGGAGACGGUGGUGGUGGAAGGCGACGGCGUGGCGGAGGCGCUGCUGCGGUACGCGGCGGAGUCCGGCGUGCGCAGCCUCGUGCUCGGCUCCGCCUCUGCCUCCUUCCGCUGGUUCCACAAGGUGUUGAGCAUUCCUGAUGUGGCCACUGCUGUCCUGAAAAGCACACAAAAUUCAUGCAAUGUAUAUGUUGUGUGCAAACGAAGAGUGAUCGUGAAACUUGCAGGCCAUCCUCAAGCAACCAGUAUGUACAGAGUUCUGAAAAUGAGCCUUUUAUAUCCUCUAUUUUAUCUUCCUGCCAUGCCAUCUUUCCUCCUUUUGCUAGUUUUAAUGUUUAAUGCUCAUUACGUAUCAGUACAUUCUUCUUUUGAGGAAUCUAGCACGAGCUUAAACAUUCAUUCAAUGAGUCACAAGGAAUUUGAGGAAACACAGAGGAGCUUGCUGUUCGACAACUUUACAGACGCUGAGUCAUGCUCAAUGUCAUGCUCCCAGGCCCGUGGUUCUCAUAGCACUUCUUCUAAUGCUAGUCGAAGUUCAGGUAGCCGUGAACUGGUCCAUAUGGGAAGUGUAGGUGCAAAGACAACCGGAAGAGAUGUAAAGCAAAGCUAUGGUUCUCAUAGCACCCUGAAGGAAGUUCCUUACGCUGCCUCAAGCUCAAGUGAUGAGUGUCAAUCUAUAGAUGAAGUAGAAAAACUGAGGAGGGAAUUAAAGGAAACCUUGGUGAUGUAUGAUAAAGCUUGCGAAGAUCUUGUCCAUGCUAAGAAAAAGAUUCAGGUACUUUCUACCGAAUGUUCUGAAGAGGCAAAAAAGGUGGAGCAUGCGCUACAUACGGAGGAAACUUUGAAGCAGAAAGCAGCCGAUGAGAAAGCAAAACAUUUGGAGGCCAUUAAAGAAGUCGAGCAAGCGAAAUGGUCCUUCACCCGGGAGGCCUACUCUAAGCACAAGGCUGAAAUGGUAGGCAGCAUGAUGUCUCUGGAUAAGGAGAAGAUCGUGGAUGCUAUUCUGUCGAACACCAGAAGCUGCAGGCGGUACUCCAAACAUGAAAUAGAACUCGCCACUGACAACUUCUCCGAAGCAAGGAAGAUCGGCGAGGGAGGCUAUGGGAAUGUGUAUAGGUGCACCCUUGAUCACAUUGAGGUAGCGGUCAAGGUCAUUCAGCAGGAUUCUACCGACAAAACCGACGAGUUCUUGAGGGAGGUUGAGAUUCUUAGCAAACUUCACCAUCCCAACCUGGUUCUGUUGAUCGGUUUCUGCCCUGAAAUGGGCUGUCUCGUAUACGAAUACAUGGAGAACGGAAGCUUAGAAGAUCAACUCCUGAACAACAAAAAGCGUCAGCCACUGCAUUGGUUCCUCCGGUUCCGGAUCAUCUUCGAAGUCUCCUGUGGGCUCGCCUUCUUGCACGGGAGGAAACCAGAGCCGAUAGUCCACCGGGACCUGAAACCUGCAAACAUCCUCUUGGACAAGAACUACGUAGCCAAAAUCGGCGACGCCGGCUUCGCCAAGCUCAUAUCUGACCUUGUUCCCGACUGCCAAACUGAAUACACAGACACAAUCGUCGCUGGCACCCUGUAUUACAUGGAUCCAGAAUACCAGCAAACCGGGACAGUCCGGCCCAAAUCGGACCUAUUCGGCCUGGGAGUCAUCAUUCUUCAGCUGCUAACCGGGAAGCGCCCACACGGGCUCAUUGUAAGCGUGGAGAACGCCGUGAAAAAGGGCUUGCUUUUCCACGUCCUCGACAUGUCUCAGACCGAUUGGCCACUCGCAGAGGCAGAGAUGCUGGCGAAGCUCGGGUUGCAAUGCACGGCCCUGAAAUGCAGAGACCGGCCUGAUCUUGACUCGGAGGUGCUGCCGAAGCUGGAGGAGAUUCUGCGUAGGAUUUCUUGUAAGGCGGAUAUGAGGAAUCCGAAGCCAUGUGCACCAGCCCACUUCAUCUGCCCCAUAACAAAGGAGGUGAUGGAUGAUCCGUAUGUGGUUGCCGAUGGACACACCUACGAGCACUAUGCCAUCGAAGCUUGGCUCAGGAAGUACAGGACAUCGCCGCUCACGAGGCGCAAGCUUCCUAAUUUGUCAAUAAUCCCAAAUCAUUCGUUGCGCGCGGCGAUACAACAGUGGAAGAAUUCGUCUCGGGCAGAGGCUUGGAACGGGCAAUGAGUGUCUUGCCUGUUUAUUAUGUAAAUGAUCUCGCAAUUAUAUUCCUCAUUUUUGUAGCCCAUAAAUGAUUAAAUUGGGUUGCAAUUCCAAACUGUAAAGCACGGAGAGUAUAUAUACUUGGGUAGAUAAGGUACUGCCCCCUCCGGCCACAACUACUUGUCGAAAUAUUACAUAUAUGCAGACAUUUUUUACUUAAAUACAUCCGUAUUUAGAUAAA